AUGUCAUUUCACCACCUUCAUCAUCAUCAUCUUGCUGAAAAUUCCUGGCAGGAUCGAUCAUAUAAUUUUGUAAAUAAUUCAACAGCUCCAAAUCGAAAUAAUACACAAGUAUCAUCAUCAUCAACAUCGGGCAAUGUUGAUUUUCAACCACCGUAUUUUCCACCACCAUUUUCAAAUGUAUCUCAUCAUUCUCAUCAACAUCCAUUCGAACAAAUUCAAUCAAAUCAUUCACAUAAUCUUGAUUAUACAUCAUCAUCAUCACCGCCAUUUACUGGUAAUCAAGCAUCACAAUCAUAUAAUUCUCUUGUUCGUUCAUCAGCUGUUAACAUCGAUGAAACAAUAGCACCAUUAAGUCAUCCUUAUGGUGCAUAUGCUGCUUCAUAUUAUAGUCGUCAUGCAAUGGUACUUGAUCCAGAAUCUUUACAACUUUAUCGAAGUGGUUUAUUAGGCGCCGAUCCUACAAAUACAGCCGCUUUUCGAGUUCCGGGUCUUGAUGAUAAUGUUCCACCAGGACUUUCUGAACAUUAUCGAACAUCAUUUCAACGAGAUCCACGUCGAGUUGAUACCAAAGAAGGUAUUCAGUUAAAUCUAGGUACUGGCAAUGGUCCAAUAGCUCCAACAGAUGUAUUUUGUAGUGUACCAGGUCGAUUAUCAUUACUUAGUUCAAAUUCGAAAUAUAAAGUAUGUGUUGCUGAAGUUCAAAGACGUCUUUCACCACCUGAAUGUCUUAAUGCUUCGUUACUUGGAGGAAUAUUACGAAGAGCUAAAUCAAAAAAUGGUGGAAGAAUGUUACGUGAGAAACUUGAAAAAAUUGGUGUUAGUUUACCAGCUGGAAGACGUAAAGCAGCAACAGUUACGUUAUUAACAUCACUUGUUGAAGGUGAAGCUGCACAUUUAGCACGUGAUUUUCAUUAUGUAUGUGAUCAAGAAUUUCCUGCUCGUCAAUGUGCUGAAUAUAAUAAUCGUCAAUAUCAUACAAUACAUUUACAAGAACCAGGCGGUAUAACAAAACGUAAACAAAAUAUUCUUGCUGCCAAACAAUUAAUAAAAGAAUUUACUGAUUUAAUAUCACAUGAUCGUUCACCAUUAGGUACAAAUAGUCGUUUAGCACCUGUACUUGAUAUAUCAAUUCAAAAACAUUUAACCCAUUUUUCAUUAGUUACACAUGGUUUUGGUACACCGGCUAUAAUUGGUGCAAUGUCAGCAUUACAAAAUUAUCUAACUGAAAUGAAUAAAACAUUUGACAAAACCACAACAACAACAUCGUCAUCAUCAAAUGAUACUAAAAAAGAGUUAGAUCUUUUCAAUACUAAAACUGCAUAG